CAUUUAUGGGUGUUCUCCGUCUCACCGUAUUUUCAACUUAUAUGAUUGGUCGGCUUAUAGGAUUUCGUUUCCGAAAAAUUACAUUUUUUGUAUUCCGGCAAUAAUCUAUCAUUUUUUUUUUAAUAUGUUACAUUAAGAAAGAACAAGAGAAAGAAAAAAAAAAGAUGGAGGUGAAGAGAGAGAAGGAAGAAGAGGCAGAAGAGAAAAAGGUUAUGGAUAAUUCAUCUAAACAAACAGAAACUGAAAGAGUAAGAAAGGGUAAAUCUUGCAAAGGCACUCUUUAUUUUUCUUCCCAUCUCAAAUCCAAAGGCUGCAAUCCUCGUUGUGUAGGAAUCACUCGCUCUCUUCAACAAGUACCUAACUAUAUUGUAAGUGAAUCUGAAGUCGAAGCUUCUAAGGAAGGAAGAAGUCUCACGGAUUUUAAAUAUGCUUGUGUUGGUUACUCUAUUUAUAUGGAUCAAAAUAAAGAUGCUCCUUUGGACGGUGAUCAAAAGCCGCGAGCAGAACUUCCUGUUUGCGUUGGUGUCGAGUUUUUGGUGGACAAAAGACCGACUGAUCAUCAUGCCCCGACUCCUGCUCACAAUAGAGAAGACGACCAUGGGCAUCAUCAACAUCGACCACCUAAAACAACUCAUCCUAUGGGGGAGGAGUUUCUAACUAGGCAAGUUUUAUUACUAUUAUUCAGUCAUCUUCCAUCUUUAUGAUUGUACUUGUAAAUCCUUUGGAGUUUCUAACUAGAUUUCAAAGAAAUGCAGGACUUGUUGCUUCCGGAGUGGCUAGAAACAUGCGGAAGGUGGGAAAUUAUGUGAAAGAAAGCAUUGACGAUAUACUUUAUAGGCGUCCAAAGUGAGGUAGUCUCGCUAAUUUACAGGAAAACAAACACAAGUUUCCGUAACAAUGUUUAAUGUUCGAGCUUUGGUACCUCUUCCCUUAUUUAUGCCAAUUGUUAAAAGUGUGUAUCGUUUUGUUCUCAGGCUCAUCUCAGCGAUGUAAUAUAGUGAUUCAUUUUAUGUUUCGCUAAGCUUAUCCAAUAUAGUGUAGAAAUUUUGCAAUCCAAACGAUAUGUAAUAAGCUGCUGCCUGAUUUAUUGGAGGUAAUGUUGCUGAUUGCUAUCUUGGCCUUCA